AUUCUCCCCCAUUUAAAACCCUCAAAUAACCCUAAUCUCCCCCUCAUUCCAAAACACCCCACACCUGCAAAUCAUAAAACUACGACUUGAAUUGGGGAGGGUCCGGUGAGAGAGUAAGAAAUGCAUACAUACAGCUUGAAUUGGUAAGAUAGACCCCGAACGGAACAACCAAGCCUACACGCGCAUAAACUCCAUGGCAGAACCAUCUCGCAAGAAGCGGAAGUUAGGCAUACAGACUCAGCCCAUAACUGCAAAUCUGACACAUACUUCCAAGCGUGACCGCAGACAUGAAAAUCGAAGAUGGGUUUUUUCUAACUCUGAUCACAGAGAUAAGUUUGUAUUUGUAUCCUACAAUAUACUGGGUGUUGAAAAUGCUUCAAACCAUCAGGAUUUGUACUUUGAUGUCAUCCCUAAAUAUAUGAAGUGGGAAUAUAGAAGAAGGGUUAUACGCAGAGAGAUUCGUCGCUAUAGUCCUAGCAUCUUGUGUUUUCAGGAGGUUGAUCGGUUCGAUGACUUGAGUAAAAUGCUAUACAACGAUGGAUUUAGCGGAGUUUACCAGGCUCGUACUGGGGAAGCACGUGAUGGAUGUGCUAUUUUUUGGAAGGAUGAAUUAUUUUCUCUUGUGCAUGAGGACAACAUUGAGUUCAAGCGGUUUGGCCUUCGUGACAAUGUUGCUCAGUUUUGUGUUCUUAAGAUGAAUGGGAACCAGAAACAAAUUGACGACACUGAAAAUUUGAAGGCUCGAAGCAUAUUGGUUGGAAAUGUACAUGUGCUUUUCAAUCCUAGUCGUGGAGACAUUAAGCUUGGUCAGAUUCGGUUAUUUCUUGACAAAGCUCAUACACUUUCACAGACAUGGGGCAAUAUACCUGUUAUACUUGGUGGGGAUUUAAAUAGUAUGCCUCAGAGUGCAAUUUAUCAGUUCAUAGCUUCGUCUGAGUUAAACAUCCAAAAUCAUGAACGCAAAAGAAUAUCUGGACAGAUUUGUCCACUGGAUUACCCUAGAUUUGGAUCUCAGUGUUCUAGGUGGAGCAAAGAAGAACUGAAGCUAGCAACAGGAUCUGAAGAGUCAACCUACCUUAGGCACAACUUAAAACUAAAUAGUGCAUAUUAUGGUGUUCCAGCUAGCCGUUUGACUAGAGAUUGUCAUGGGGAACCCUUAGCGACAUCCUUCCACUCAAAAUUUAUGGGCACUGUUGAUUACAUAUGGCAUACUGAUGACCUUGUUCCUGUAAAAGUCCUUGAAACAUUACCAAUUGAAAUAUUGAAGAAAACAAGAGGGCUUCCGAGUAAGAUGUGGGGAAGCGAUCAUCUUGCUCUUGUGUGUGAACUGGCCUUUGUUGAUGAUGAUUUGAGCACAUGUAUCAUUCAAAUGACAGUUUUAAAAGGCAUUUAGGUGUUUGCUCCGAAAAAACCUAUGGCAAGAAAGUUAGGACCAAAAUGAUCCCGGUUAGUGGCGAGAAUGGUGGCAAUGUAGUUUACGCUAGUGGGGUCGGAGCAACGUCGAUGUUAGCUAGGGCCAUCCGAACCGCUCGCUGCUCGUUUGGAAAUUGAUCGUUCAAUUUGAGGCUUGAUUGUAAACGAGCUGCUCUCCUCAGUUUGUAAACGAGACGCUCGGUUCGGUUUUUAAACGAGCCAAGCAUGAGCAAAGGUCUCGAAUUAUUAUUGUUAAUUAGUAUAUAUACAUAUACACAUACAUAUAUAAACAUGUAUAUAUAUACACACGCACACCCCCUAUAUACACACAUACAUAUAUACAUAAAUAUUAAUUAGAUUUAUAGUUUUGUAUA